AAUAACUGGAACAAAGCGUCGAUGUUUGCGAAUCUCUCUACUAGUGGUUAUAAAUAUCGGAUUUGCAAGUGAUAAUAAUAUUAAUCGGACAUGCAGUAUCAGAUUGCAACAACUGGAGAUUACCAUGCUACAUAUGCUUUGCCAUAAUAUCUAUAUGGUUUGCCAUUGCUAAAAUAAUUACGUCGACGCCUGUAUUUGCAAAAAGAAACAAAAAGAAACUUUUCAUAAAUAUCGGAGGCACACUGUUGUUAUUAGUCACUAGUAAUAUUGUAUUUUUAAUGAUUUUUUUAUUGACUUAAGUUCUUCUUUCAGGAUAAUUGGCAUAUUGGUAGCGAUGUCGAUAAUGAUUAUCAAUGAGACAUCGCAGAGUCGGAGAAUAAUGGAAAUUUUACGUUUAAUCGUUACAAGCCUCGUAUACACAGAAUUUCUCGAUGGUAGAUACUGGAUAUUGUGGAUUAUUUUACUGACUACACCAUUGUGCAUUUGGUAUUAUCCAACAGAAACUAAGAGAAGAAUGCUGGGCAUAAUGCUUGGAUUUUUCUGUCCUCUUACAUUAUUGUCUGCGUCUUAUGAGCCACUCUUCUUCAUUAUACUUACAAUCAAUUUACUUUGUUGGUUACAAGCCACUUCAAGGAGCUCAGGAAAUACACAAAAGAUUACAAAAGACUUGAUCAAAGCAGCAUUUUUUAUGUUGUACAUACUAUUGUGUUUCUUCGGCACAGGUAAUAUGGCGAGCAUCAGUUCGUUUGAUCCAUCUUGGACGCGUCACUUUGUUACUGUUUUUUCUCCAUUUUUAAUGACAUCUUUAAUACUUUUCAAACUUAGCAUUCCCUUGAUACUAGUCGGAUGCGCGAGCUAUUCACUAGAAUCAGAAUACAAGAAGCCUGUUUCUUUAGCCAUUCUUUUUUUAGGCGAUUGCAUAUCGCUACCUUUAAUGCAUUGUGUCACGCCGUACGGCAGUUGGCUCGACAUCGGUAGCGCUAUCAGUAAGUUUAUUAUCGCUCUUUCUCUUCCUUGUCUUUUUGUACUGUUGCGAUGUCUUUCAUAUCCACUUAUGGAAUUGGAUUUAAAACGAUUCCGGAUCGAUUUACUACCUCAAAAAAGGCACAUAGUAUAAUUUUAUAUAUAUAUAUAAUUAUAACAAGAGACAUAACACACGACGAAGAAAAUUUAUAUGCCUUUAAUGAGGAGGAUUUACCAUACGAGGAAGAAAUUUUACAAAAUCCAUUUUCAGUUAAACAUUGGCAACGCUAUAUCGAUCACCUAAAAAAUUCAAAGAGUAAGAAUUUAAAUGUAGUAUAUGAACGAGCGUUGAAAGAACUUCUAGGCAGUUAUAAGUUAUGGUAUAAUUAUCUUCGACAACGUAUGAGCCAGUUAAAAGAUCGAUGUAUAACAGAUCCGUUAUAUGAAGAUGUUAAUAAUGCAUUUGAACGUGCUUUGGUAUUUAUGCAUAAAAUGCCACGCAUAUGGAUGGACUAUUGUACACUAAUGACUGAACAAUGUUAUAUAACACGUCAGGUAUUUGAUCGUUCUCUUAGAGCACUUCCCAUCACUCAGCAUCAUCGUAUAUGGCCAUUAUAUAUUAAUUUCUUAAAGAAACAUAAUGUUUAUGAGACUGCUGUCAGGGUCUUUAGAAGAUAUUUAAAGGUAAGAACACUAAUAUAUUUUAUAUUUUUAAUUUUACAUAUGUUUAUUAUACAGACUUGUAAAGCAGUAUAUGACAAAAUAAUCGACUUGAAAAUUGCGACUCCUCAAAUUAUCAUUAAUUAUGGACUAUUUCUAGAAGAAAACAACUACUUUGAGGAAGCAUUUAGAGCAUAUGAAAAAGGUAUUGCAUUGUUUAAGUGGCCUAAUGUCUAUGAUAUUUGGAAUACAUAUCUCACAAAAUUUUUGACUCGUUAUGGUGGUACAAAAUUAGAACGUACCAGGGAUCUAUUUGAGCAAUGUUUAGAACAUUGUCCACCAAAAUAUGCCAAAGCCUUAUAUUUAUUGUACGCAAAAUUAGAAGAAGAACAUGGCUUAGCAAGACACGCUAUGUCUGUAUAUGAACGAGCGACAAAUGCUGUUCUUCUGGAAGAGAAAUUUGAUAUGUUCAAUAUAUAUAUAAAGAAAGCUGCAGACAUAUAUGGAGUGCCGAAAACUCGACAGAUAUACGAAAAGGCCAUAGAAGACUUAAAUGAUGAGAAUACUAGAGAAAUGUGUUUACGAUUCGCAGAAAUGGAGACCAAAUUAGGAGAAGUAGACAGAGCGAGAGCGAUAUACGCAUAUUGUAGUCAAAUAUGUAAUCCAAGGAUGUACCAAUUGAAAAACGAACUAUACCAUCACAAGUAUUUGGUAGUUUAAAAACAGUCGAAGAUAAAGGUCAAAUCAACAUACCCAAUAACGGUGUCAGUUUUCGGUGGUCUGUCCGAAAGAUAAGUUCGCGCAAUUAUAUAGUCAAUAUCAAUAUAUAAGACCUUGGCGAUGAGUACUUGUGUAGAAGAUAGUGGGAGAUCAAGAAAAUGCACGCAGCUACUAGUUGCUGCAAAAGAAGGGGAUAUUCCCACAAUAAAAUGGCUAAUUAAUAAUCGUGCCAAUGUCAACACGCAUUCUUUUUUUUAUGGUCAUACACCUUUAAUGGAAGCAGCGAGUGCUGAUCAUAUUGAAGCUGCCAAAAUUUUACUUGACCGCGGUGCUGACAUCCAUGCUCAUUCUAAAUUUAAAGACUCGGCAUUAACGUUAGCCUACAAAAAAAAACCAUGUUCAGAUGGUUUAUUUUUUAUUGGAAGCUGGCGCAGAUGAGAGCGAACUGCAACAAUGUUUGGAUCUGCGAAGUCCCAUUGUAAAUCAAUCUCAGCAACAAGGAAGUACUAUGCCAUUGAUCACCACUUCCUCGACAACCAGUCCGCGUCCGCCUACUACUUUUACUCCUCAAUCCGGCAUGGGGAUGGCGGAACUGCAGCAGACACAGGCCACCAUGUUGCAUCAGCGUAUUCAAGAACUGCUGCAACACAAUGAUGAAUUAUCACAAAGAAAUAAAAAUUUGGUUCAACAGAACCAACAGUUGGUGCAAUUGAUCCAACAAUUGCGAUUUCAUUUAAACCAGGUGAAGUUCUAAAUUUAAAAAAAAUUGCAUUAAUAGUUUUUUUUUCGCCGCGUUGCAUUCUCGGAAAGUCGUUCGCAAAAGUUAAGGCCGCACGAUACGAGUAUUAUCUUAAUAAAGUAUCAAACGAUUUUGUGCAAAAUAUUUUUUUUUGAUUGAAAAAUUAAUACAAUUCUAUUUUAAAUUAUAUAUAGAUUAU